AUGUCUGCGGACUUCUGCUCUUUGCCUUCGCGGCUCUCUCCUCGACAAGCAAAACAGCCAAAGGUACCUUCUGAAGGACCAGAGUUGAACCCUAGGCUUGGACUUCGACGCGCGACACACCGGCCUUUGCCAGAAUCUGUCUCUCCCUUGAUGCGCGAUGCUCUUCUAAGAUCCUCAUCUGGCGAAGCUCAAGAGUAUCUGUUGGGAAGUUUGAAGAAGCGCAGGAAUCGAUACGAUGAAGAUGGACGUCUUCUCCCAAAAUAUGCAGACGAUAUGAAGAAGGCGAGGAGUCCCAAGAAGGAUCUUAAUACGAAGCUGAAGGGGACCCAAAGGAAGGAGGGCAAGAAGACUAUGAUGGAGGAUAUCAUGGCUCCCAUGGUUGGUAGCUCAGGAGAUGAAGGUUUCGGACUCAACUCGUACAACAUCAAGAUGACGGAAGCUCGUCAGCGAAAAGCUGAGCGCAGAGAAUUGCUUGGUAAUGAGGGCAAUCUUUCCUCGAGCAUGUCCCCCUCAAGCAGUCCAGCGAAUGAAAUGGAGUUCCGAGACGUGAAGUUUGAAAGACUCCAAGAUGAUUGGCCAAUAAACAGCCCCAGACUCCGUCCCAGAUCACCCAAUGUUUCUACUCAAUCUCGUCCACCAUUCGCCAAUCUCUUAGGAACAAGUCGUCUCCCCAGCCCCAGACGAAUUCCAGCAGGAAGUCAUCCUCCCCUCUCGAUCCAAAGCUCUCCACCGGAACCAGUUCUCGCCACUGGGAACGACAUUUCAUCUGUUAGCAGAACUCUGGCAGCGGAGCGAGAGGCUGAAAAGACAAUGGAGGAGUUCGCAGACUUGUUUAGCAGCAGGUUGAGGAUUUUUUAA